CUACUACCGCGCACCUCACUCCCUCCAUCUUCUUACAGGGGCUGCAGACAUAAGGCAGCAUGGCCGUAGGCAAGAACAAGAGGUUAUCAAAAGGCAAGAAGGGUAUCAAGAAGAAGGUCGUUGACCCAUUCUCCCGCAAAGACUGGUUCGAUGUCAAGGCACCGAGUGUGUUCGAGGUCAAGAACGCAGGGAAGACACUCGCAAACCGGUCACAAGGCUUAAAAAACUCUGCCGACUCUCUUAAGGGACGUGUGAUUGAGCUCUCCCUCGGCGAUCUGAAUAAGGAUGAAGAGUCUUCCUUCCGAAAGAUCAAGCUACGAAUAGACGAAGUUGCAGGCAAGAACUGCCUUACAAGCUUCCAUGGGAUGGACUUCACAUCCGACAAACUCCGUUCUCUUGUCCGCAAAUGGCAAUCACUCAUCGAGGCCCAUGUUGACGUGAAGACGACCGAUGGUUACCUGAUUCGGAUGUUCGCGAUCGCUUUUACCCGGAGGAGACCUACGCAGGUGCGCAAGACGACGUAUGCGCAGAGCGCGCAGAUCCGCGAGAUCCGUAAAAAGAUGUUCGAGAUCAUGACACGCGAGGCAUCGAACUGCGACAUGAAGGAACUUGUGCAGAAGUUCAUCCCGGAGGCGAUUGGGCGCGAGAUUGAGAAGGCUUGCAAGAGCAUCUAUCCUCUGCAGAAUGUUUACAUUCGCAAAGCGAAAAUCCUCAAGAGCCCGAAGUACGAUCCGUCAAAGCUCCUCGAGCUGCACGGGGGUGAGGCGGCCGCAGCUGAUGAGACGGGUGCGAAGGUAGCGAAGGAGUUUAAGGAGCCUGAGAUUCUUACUUCUGUAUAGUCUUCUUUGCACGUAUGAGUAUGAU